GGGACGUGGAUGAGGGGAGCUGCGCAGAGAGCAGAGAGUGGUGCUGGCCAUGGGGGGGGCAGCCCCAACCCUCCUGGCACUGCUCAGCCUAACAGCAACUACUUGCGAUACCCAGGACACCUGCCCAGAGGUGAGAAUAGUGGGACUCAGUGAUGCUGACCGGCUCGCCAUUCUCCAAGGAUGCCCAGGGAUCGCAGGUGCCUCUGGCCCAAAAGGAGAACCAGGUCUCCCAGGAACAAAAGGAGAAAUGGGAGCCCAGGGAUUCCCCGGGAAAGCAGGACCACCUGGCACAAAAGGAGCAGCUGGAGAGCCUGGCUUCCCAGGACCGAAAGGAAUGAAAGGAGAGCCUGGAUUUCCAGAAACAUGGGAAGCCAGGAACUGCCAAGAGCUCUUGGGUAAAGGAAAGAUCCUGAGUGGCUGGUAUACCAUCUACCCCCAAGGCUGCAACACCACCACUGUCUUCUGCGACAUGGACACAGAUGGCGGAGGAUGGAUUGUUUUCCAGAGGCGCUGGGACGGAUCAGUGAACUUCUUGCGAGAUUGGGCCUCAUACAAACGAGGCUUUGGCAACCAGCUUACGGAGUUCUGGUUGGGGAAUGACAACAUCCACCUCCUCACCUCUCUGGGACCCUGUGAACUCCGCAUUGACCUGAGAGACUUUGAAAACAACUACUACUUUGCCAAGUAUGCUUCGUUCAGAGUUUUAGGAGAGUCUGAGAAAUAUAAACUGGUUCUAGGAGACUUCCUGGGUGGAAAUGCUGCCUCCAGUGUUCUUGCCAUUGGACCCAUGAGCCAUCUGAAAGGCAGUGAAUUCCCGACCACGCUGCAGGCUGUGAUGGAGCCACAAUGUAGACCAGCAUGGAAAGGACUGAACUUCCAGCACAGAGCUGUCAGCACUGCCACCUCCUUCCUUCCCUCCCCACUGCCUCACACAGCAUGUGCUCCAGGACCUCAGGUGGGACCUCAGCUUCUGGAACCACAGUAGCAUUGCCCAGCACUUCCCUCCACAACACAGCUACAGCUGGGACCAGAGUCAGCUUCAGACAUUCCUCCAGGGCAUGUUCCAAGAUCUCAUUCUUUAGCCACUGUGGACCAAGAGCCAGAUACAAAACAGUCUGUCCAGCAACAUGUGGUACCAAGACACUAUAGUCCACUUGUGCAAGUCAAGCCUUGCACAAGUGGACAUCAUGUAAAUUGCCACCAGGUACCAGUAUCUUCCAUUUCACCUUGUUUCCAGUAGCAUUUGAAGAUGGGCUAUCUGCUGGUGGAUGGAUGUGGCUCAUCCAGUUUGUGUGAUGUUUUAUUUGACUAUUAGCAGAACUGGUCAAAGGGUCUCUUCUUCCUGGACUCCUGCUUCUGGACUCCCUCACAGCUGAUGUAGGGGAGAAGAGCCUAGUGGUAACUCCUCACUGCAGGGACAGACCAGGCUCACUGGAAGCAGUGUGUUUUUGUGUGGUAUGUUCCUAACAGUUUAUCACCCUAUUUAUUGCACAGCUGUGUACAGCUCCAGCCCUACAACACUUGAAUGCAAACCUUAUGGGCGAGAAGAGCAAAGAGGUGACUCACCCAGCACAACACACCAAGUCACCUAUGUGCUAUGAAAUAAACCUGAGGUUUUGCAUGUCCCUA